AAUAUUUUCAGUUGUGAUCUAGACGUUAAGGCUUAAACCAGCAUAUCACUCGUCGCUUUAGUCGUGGAUAGUAUGCACAGAUCGACUCCAGAGUGGAAACUGGUCAAAAUUGUAUAAAAAAAUAAUAUUUCAUAUAUAUCGUUUAGUGGUAUGCCUACGGGUUAACUGACUUUGCACGUACAACAGGUUGCUGGAUUGCAUGCACUGAGUUUUAUUAAUUGGGCCACAUAAUGUAUCACUCUGGAGAGAGCCUCUCCAUUUGAUUACUUUAAUUCUACAGCGUAUUUAUAUAAAAACUUAGAUUAUUAAAAUCAAGCUUUACAAAGAUUUCAUCGUGAAGUAGCUAAAAGACUGGAUAUUCGGUGCUCGGAUUUUUAUUUGAAUGAAUGCAAAAUGAUAGGAGGACGCAAGGUUAUGCUUCUUGUAAAGAACUGGCAGCUGGCCUCGGAGGUGGAUCACUCCGCCAAAGAAUGGGAUGCCAGCCAAGAUGGUGAUCUUACAGCUUCACCUUUCUGGAAGAGCACCAAGCGACCAACAUUCCGAAAGCUUUCUCAGUAUGUCUUUCUACCCAAAGGAGCAGGCAGAGAGAGAUCUCAAUACUUCACGAUUGGUGAGAUACUGUUAAAGCUUGACUUCUGUUCAGCCCUCCAUCAACUCAGUAGAUUCCAGUAUGUUUGCAGGUUUGUGGAAUUAGUCAUCCAGAACCACUAUUCAUCCCUCAGCGGAUCAGCUAUGAAAUCUCUCUUUGGCAUUGUAGAAGAAGCCGUCAAUGUUGCCAUGGAGACCAAGUACAAUGUCAACCAGGUCAGGUCUAUCAUCAAAACCCUCAUCAAAGCUCUCCAGAUCAACACAAAGAGUUACAUCGGCGGCAAGGCUGGUUGGAACUGCCACUACCAUAUCGCCCAUGUCUGGCUGAAUCAGCUUAAUAAUGUCCAGUAUGAAGAGAGACAAGAUGACGGCAAGCCAGUCCUGACCGAUCUCCCCAACGAGUGCUUGAGGCAGAUCUUCAGGACGAUGCAAGACCAUUGUGACAUCACACACACAGGGGAAGCCAAUAAGCUCCUGCACGGGUUUUCCAAUGAAUGGAACCUAUGGAGAGACUUCUGCAGAUUCCACUUUUCAGAGGCGCAUUUGGCAGCAGCCGUCCCGAAGAACAAACCGGACUACGAGAUCGACUGGAAGAAGAUUUACAAGAAACUGAGGACGAGGCAUGGCUUGAACGAAGUGUUCGCCGAUCAGCUUCAGCUCUGCUGCCACUGCUAUUGCCUAUUUUGGGGGGGCGGGUCUCAUCCCUGCUCUAUCGACAUUCCCCUGGAGAGGGGGGAGAGGGCGCCAGAGCAUCGGAUGGCACGCAGCCGAGGGAUCUCCCCCAGACAGCUCUCGGAUAUGUUUCCCCUGCCGAGGUAGAGCAUAGGCGGUGGCUCGUCAACAUGCACCUUGUCCAUCAUGCUUUAACCUGUUGGAGACUUAAUGGUUUUGCUAUAACUCGUCAUUUCCAUAGACUCCAACCCCGAAAUAUACAGGCUCAUUCUUCUAUGGGGUAAACCGUAAUACAAGAAGAAAGAGAUGCAACGAUUUCAAUCUUGCCACUCCCUUGGAUACGAUGUUAACUAAAUAAAACUGAGAAAAAAACUCAUUACAAUGCAUGUUUGCAUGCUAAGGACCAGCUGCAAAUACUUGUGCUAGAGAAGGAGGGUACUCUGGUGAAAUGUUUUACCUGCACACUCAUAACCAGGAGAGGGUUGCAUGAAGCAAAGUGACUUUCACUGACUAAUUUGUUCUUAGCAAAUCAGAUACAAGGAUUUCAGUAGCUUAUAACAUUUUAUUUAAUGGAGAUGAAUUUGGGACAAGCCUUGGAAGACAAUAGUUAAUUGUUUUGUUGCUUUGAUAUAAAUAAGUCUUUACCAAGAAACAAAAAGGGAAAAAAACUUAUCAAGGUGACGGGUGGAUCUGUCAUGGUGAUUGGCCAUAAAAAACUUUUCACUUUAAUAUUGUAAAACUGUAUGGAUUUGCUGAAUGUGAUAAGACUUGGAUAAUAAAGGGCAUAUAUGCCCCAUUAUUCUACACACAACUCUUGCUGCAUUUUUAUAAUUCGGAGCUUUUGUCUUAUAACAUUUCACUUUGUCAUAAUACAUUGAACCCUGUAAAACAAACAAAUCUAAUGUAACAUUUGUAAAUAAGAGUUUUGUAUAUCUGCACAUAUUUAAUACAAGAGAUAUAUAUAGAUAUCCAUUUAAUGCUGAAAGGUGUGUGAAACUGCAUGUUAUUAUCGUUGUGGGUUUAGCAAUAGGCAGUAGAAUUUCAUACAACUUUGUGAAAGAAUGUUACAUGUACAUAUCAGAUGUAUAUCCAUGAAAAUGUGAUGUUUGUUACGACUGAGAAAAUGGAUUGUUGAAAUGAUUUAUCAAUCAUAAUUCAAAUUCAUACUGAUAAGCUUUGAAAAUGUACAUUUAUCAACUAUAAAAAGUUUAAAUAUCAAUUUCAUAUCAAAAUCAUAUUAAGUACUUAUUUCUUCAGUGCGAAAUUUCCAGCUUGGACAAUCAUUCAUAUAAGCUGAACAGUAGAGUAAAUAGCAAAGCAAACAUGAAAGGAAGUCUCAUGUGCCUAUUUUUGUGUAUAAUAAUAUUUUACUUGUUAUAACUAGGAAGUAUCUGAUCACUUCAAUAAUUUCAAAUGUGAGUGCUUUUACCAGUGUAAGAAUGUAUUUGAAAAGGGAAUUUCCAGAGUUUCUUGCACUCUGCGACGAGUUGGGUCUCAGAAGUCAUGUCUGAAUGUCUGUGUAUGUAUACAUAAUACAGAGUCCAGUACACGAUCUACUGUACAAGCCUAAGAGGACAGGGCUACUCUGGAGGUAUUGGGUAAUGAGAGCAACAAUGCCCCCCCCAACUUCCUACUGAUCUUGUUUGCCAAAAUUCGAAUCAAGCAUGCGGAGAAAACUAUUUCCAAGAAUAACAAUCUUUCAUGUAAUGUGAAUUAAUAUUGUAAAUUUCACAUGGAACAAUACUUUCAUAUUCACCAUCCAAUUUCACUUUUGUCACGGUUUUUAAUCAUUUGGAUCAUAAAGCUCAGUUUCUUUUCUCUUUCUCUCUAUCUCUCUCGAUUAAUUAAGUCUUUCUCACUGUUAUCAGUUAAGAAAUAUUUAUAAAUGCAUGUCAUUUCUGUUGAUAAGAAAAAAAUAUAUUUAUUUGUUUCAUUAUCUUUUAGUGCAUAAUUUAGUCGAGUAAUUAUCAGUUUUGUAUGGCUAGAUAUAGAGGUGUGCUACAGAUAGAUAAUGACCGAGUCCGACAAAAAGUUUUAGAAUCAGUGGUUAUGAAACCAUCUUUUAUGUAGAUUUCAUCCAUCAAUUAGUAUUAAUUGAU